AUGCCUUGUCGCCGUCGCCGUUGUCGCCUCGACCCUGGACUUUUGGUCUCGAUCAGGUCGCUUCCUGGCCCGUCCAUCCCCCGAGUCCUCCUGCACCCAGUCCGGUCCGAAAGCCAUGAGCAGCGCCUACGCCGUCAAUUACCAUCUGCGGGCCCACAAGCGCGAUACCUUCAUCGAGUUCAUCAAGUCGCUGCUGCUCAAUCCGUUUGUUCUGCACACGAGGAUCAAGGACCCAGACCACUCGGCCUGGAGUCCGCUAGGCCCUCCCGGCACCAUCCAGGCCCUUCAGGCGGCCCAGACGACCCAGACGACCCAGACAGGCUCCGGCCUCGACCGGGAUCUGGACCGUUACUGUGAGGUCCUGGAGUGCAUCGAAGAGCUCAUUGUCGACCACAUUCACAACCACGAGCAAGGCCACCCCGAGCUUUCUCGCCUCGUCCAGCUCGUGCCAUCCAUCGGCCGGUUCUACACCCCGCUGCCGCUCAAGACGGCGUUUCUGAAGGUGAACAAGGCAAGAGCAAUCGCUGCCCGCCGCAACGUCCCGCCUUCUUUCAACGACAUCCGCUACAUUCUCAACUCGGCACAGGUCCUGGCUAUCCACCCGGCCCUCCGGCUUGUCACCUUCGACGGGGACAUGACGCUCUAUGCCGAUGGCGCCGACUUUGAGCGCGACUCGCAGCUCGUUGGGCUCAUCAUCGACCUGCUGAAGCAUGGCCUUCAUGUCGCCGUCGUGACUGCCGCUGGGUACCCCGGCAACGCCGCACGAUACGAAAAGCGUCUGUCGGGCCUGCUGGAAGGCAUGCGUGGCAGCAACCUCGGCAGCGUGUGUCUGGAGCGGUUCUAUGUCCUGGGUGGCGAGUGCAACUAUCUGUUCCAGUACAAUGCAGCGUCGGGCUCCUUGGUGUACAUCCCCGAGGAGAGUUAUCAGUCCGAGGCCGUCAAGUGCUGGUCCAACGCCACCGACCGGAUUACCGAUCUCCUCAACAUUGCCCAGGCAAACCUCGAAAGCUAUCGCACCGAGCUCGGCCUCACGGAUGAUCGCGCCUUCAUCGUGAGAAAGCCCAGAGCCCUGGGGCUCUGCGCUGCUCCAGGCGUCAAGCUCACUCGCGAAGUUCUGGAUGAAUGCGCUCUCGGCGUCCAAAAGACCCUCAACAACUAUCUGUAUUUGGGGAAACUCAAGGCCGCAGCCCGCGGAGAUGCCAGCUGGGUCUCGAUCCCGUUCUGCGCCUUCAACGGCGGAAACGACAUGUGGGUCGAUAUCGGCAACAAGCUCAUCGGUGUGCAAAUUCUGCAGCAGUAUCUUGGCACCCACGGACACGAAACCCUCCAUCUCGGCGACCAGUUCCUCUCCACAGGCAACGACAUUGCUACCCGCUCGGCCUGCUGCACCAUAUGGAUCACCAGCCCUGAAGAGACGGCCGAGGUCCUCAAUGAUCUCCGCGAUUUGCUCGAGUCUAGGGCUUAAUCUACUGAUUCGCAGCAGCACUGUCGAGGGCGAGAAGUGCAGGACAGCGUGCCAUCCCUUGCCCCCACACCGGCAACGAGACCAUGACUCGACG